CUAAACCAUCAUCAUAUCAUGUGCUUGUUAUAAAAUACAUACGGAGGUUUUUUUUACGUUUUAUCUUAUAAUUAAGAUGAGUUGGGGUUGCUAAAAAUAAUUAUAAUUGGUCUUUGUCAGUGAUUUCUAAUAAUUUCAAUGCCAUUAUCCGUACGGCAACGAACUAUUCUCAAUAAAAAUGGCGCUAAAAGAACCACUAGUUUUAAAGGAAAGCGAUCAUCAAAAGUCAGUGAGGGAGAUGUACUAGUUGCAAAUGCUCCCUCAGAUCUAAGAAGUAUUGCAUAUCCUGGAGGUGCUGUGGUUUUAGUAUUGUUACUCUCAGCUCGUUUACUCUCAUCAUAUUAUGGCCAUAUAGCGGACUGUGAUGAAACUUACAAUUAUUGGGAACCUUUGCAUUAUCUUGUUUAUGGAAAUGGAUUACAGACAUGGGAAUACAGUCCAGCCUUUGCUAUCAGAUCAUAUAUGCCAUUGUGGUUAUUUGCAGUACCUGCAAAAAUACUAGCUGUAUUUAUGAGUCCUGUAAAAAUAUUUUAUGUGUUACGAGCAAUACUUGCUAGCUUCAGUGCCAUUGCAGAGCUGAUGUUUUACAAAGCGAUAUGCCACGAGUACGGUGUGCAUGUGGGGCGGGUGUGGCUGGGCCUCACGCUGCCGGCGGCGGGCUGCUUCGCCAGCUGCGCCGCCAUGCUGCCGUCGGCGUGGAGCUCCGCGCUCACGGCGGCCGCGCUCGCGUGCUGGUGGCGGCGGCGGUACCCUGCCGCAGUCAUGUUCACGGCUGCCACUUCCUUACUAAGUUGGCCCUUUACAGCUUUAAUUGGAGUGCCCAUUGCCAUAGAUAUGAUUUUCAUGAAACAACAAUAUGUAGCCUUCUUCAAGUGGUCGGUCAUAUCGCUCGUCACAAUUUUGUUACCUAUGAUAAUUGUGGACUCUUGGCAUUACGGGCGGCUAGUAAUAGCGCCGUGGAAUAUAGUAGCUUACAAUAUAUUUACCGAACAUGGGCCGGAUUUAUAUGGAGUCGAGCCUUGGACCUACUAUUUUGUUAACGGAUUUCUUAAUUUCAAUGUUGUAUGGAUAUUAGCUUUAUCGAGCCCUCUGCUGUUGUUGGCGUGCACCGCAAUCUCGGCUCGCUCGACUGCCCGGGCCCCGUUCUGCUCCCCUUACUGGCUGGGGCUGAUGCCGCUCGCGCUGUGGCUGAUAGUAUUCAUGCUACAGCCACAUAAAGAGGAAAGAUUUUUGUACCCAGUUUACAACAUGAUCGUGCUAGCCGGAGCUAUCGGUGUGGAUUGUUUGCAAAAGAUGACAUUUGCGGUUGGCACUGAACUGUUCAGAUGGCGGAAAAUGAGGGAAAAACGUCACUACCUCGUGUACACCGGUGCGCUCAUGGCAAUAUCUGUUUCCGUAGCCGGGCUUGUCAGUGUUUCGCGGAUAAUGGCGCUUUUCAAUAACUACAACGCACCGAUGAACAUUUUGCAUCACCUGCCGGUCACGAAUGACACAGGCCUUUACCAAAACAAGUAUGUUUGUUUUGGUAAAGACUGGUACCGAUCGCCAUCCAGUUUUCACCUGCCUACCGAGUACCGGAUUCGUUUUGUAGCCAGCGAAUUCAAUGGACAGCUACCGGCACCUUACGCUUCAUCACCUAAUGCCACCCGUCUUGUUCAACCACAUUUCAACGAUUUGAAUAAAGGUGACAACCGCACGUACCUCAUGCCUUCGGAAUGCCACUAUUUGGUUGAUACGGACAUUGGACAGCCUAGUGCUAUGCAGCCAGCGUACCACCGUAACUCCACGUCCUGGGAAAUCGUUGCAAGCCUUCCUAUAUUGGAUGCUGAGAGAUCCCAUACAAUUUUUAGGGCAUUCUAUGUUCCGUUUUUAUCGAAUAAACACAACGUUUACUCGUCAUUAUACUUGUUAAAAAAUAAGAAUAUUGACAGUUGAACUAGUCAUGAUAUUUAAGUUAGUUUUAGUUAUGGGUACCUACUAAGCCUUAACAAGUGAAACUGGUUAUUUUGACCAGUCAUUACUUUUUUAAAUUAUGUUUCUUCUCUGCUAAAAGGAUAAAUGUAACAAAUAAUAUAUCAAUUGUAUAUUAUACACGGUGUAACAUGAGUAAACCGAAUAAUUUUAACAGCGUAUUCCUGAUCAUAUUUAGAGACAAAAAUGUCCUAUAAACUUUUUUGUAAGUCGCCUAGUUUCAGGGAUAUUAUUCAUUAAAAAAAAACAAGUUUUUAUUGUUACACAGUGUUAAAGGCUAUUUUGAUGGUGAUGUUGCUGCUAUGGGACGUAGUCUAAAUAUCCUUAUUGAUAGAUGUCAAAAAGUGACAAGUAACACUUUGCAAAAAGUAGGUUCUACGAAAAAAUAUGUAAAAAUCAAUUUUAAGUGACAAGUUUACCAAUAACAUUUAUUUUUUAUGUACAAAUACAUUCAAAAAAUUGAAAAAACAAUACAAAAACAUAUUUUUUUUGGCGGAAUUUACCUAAACUCGUAUUACAUUUUUUACUUCUUUUUACCUCAGAAAUGCGUGGUUAAAAUUAUACGGUUUCCUCAUGUUACACCGUGUAUAUCUGCUGUCAUUGUUGUAAUUCUAAAGCUACUUCUUUUCUUACUUUUAAGCUCAAAAAUGGGGCCCUAUUACAAAUACUCCGCUGUCCGUCUGUCUGUCACCAGGCCCC